AUGGGUAUAACUGUCAUUUCCACAAUAUUUUCCUUCCCCUCCAUUUCUAAACCAAACAAGGUUUACUAUUUUCCCUCCAUUCUCCUCCUACAAUGUCUCUCCAAACAAGUUGCGACUGAGACGGGCCGGCGAAGGAGGAGGGCGAGAGAUAGGAACGGGUCAGACACAGAGGCAGGCCAGAAACGGAGAGGGGCUAGAGAUAGGGACGGGACAGUGAUGGAGGCAGGCGAUAGACGACUGACGAGGCCUUUAUGGCGUGUUCUUGCAGCGGGUAUGCGGCGUGAAGCUGAAGACGGACGAAGCGGCGAUGGCGGGGUUGCGGCGGCGGGGUUGCGGUUGGCCAGUAAAAUGUCAAAUUUGCCCCUUCUUAAAUACCAAAUUCAUGAAAAAAAUCAAUCAUUUCUCAUUUGUGCACAAAAAGAACACCCGACUUCUCCCCAAUCUGUUCAUCUUCGUUUCUUAUAUUCCUCAUCUGGUGUUCUUAAAUCUGUUCACGUUCGUCUUUUUCAUCUUCUCCCUCAUCCAAUCACGACGGAGGACGAGGAGAUGUCGAAGUCUUCCCUGUCGGCGUUUAGGGCCAAGGUGGAGGAGAUCAAGAAGAAGAAGAUGGAGGUCAAGAAGAAACUCCAGGCUGAGCUAGAUUGGAUUGAGGAGGAAACAAGCGAUUGGCUACCUGGAAAGUUGCCUUCUCGAAAAGGCACAAUCAUUAUGGCGGAGUUCAACCACAUCUGUAUUCCUAGCAAUUGUGUUUAUCGUAUAUGCUCGGUUAUAGCGAUAAAUGCACUCAUACGAGGCAAGACUAAGAGAUUCCCACCUGAUGCUCAGACUUGCUCCAGGAUCAUAGCAACAAUGCAACAUUGCAACAAGGAUGAUAGUGCUUGCAGCAAUAACAAACACCAUAGCUAUUUCGACGAAUACAUAUAA